GUGUAAAGAAAGACAUCCUCCUGUGUACACCAGGAGCUGUGCAAAUGGUGCUAUUCUACCACAUGCGUUACCACUCCUGUUAUUCUGACCACGUGCACAAUUUGUCACCGAGCUCUCUUCACCGGAAACAACAUGAUUUCCGCAACCUCCCUACUCGGCAGAUUUAUCUCCUACGGACUUCGCCUUCUUUCCGAAGAUGAAGAUCUGGCUCAAAGAACAAAAGAUGGUCUUUUCCAUACCUCUCGCUACCUCAGUGAAUUUGAUGAAAUCUCACCGCUAGGCAGAGGAACAUAUGGAAAAGUCUUCAAGGUGAAAAACAAGUUGGAUGGACAGGACUACUCUGUGAAAAAGAUCCUGAUCAAGAAUGUGACGAAGUAUGACUUUAUGAAGAUUCACCUACCUCUCUGCCUGCUAUACCAGCUUCUGAAUCAUCAUCACAGACAGAAAGAAUUGCUGAGGAGAGCACCAGUGGAUCCUUCAUCGUUUUUGAAAACUCUAACUGUUCAACAGACACUCUCCGAUAACAAACGAGCCGAGCUCUUAGGGGAGACCUGUCCUGCACUUCAAUGGGAAAGUUCAACAGUUUUAGACGAGUCGUAUGCUGAUAUGAGCAGUCAGCUGUGUGCUGAAAACCAUUCAAAGGAUGUUCAGUACCAUUUAAUGCUUUACAUCCAAAUGCAGCUGUGUGAGCGUUCAUUAAAAGACUGGAUUCAGGAACGGAAUGCUACACAAAAACUAGAUCUGUCAACAGGUUCCUUCCUUCCUGUCCUUUUGACUCUUGAAGGGGUUGAGUACAUUCACUCCCGUGGAAUUAUGCACAGAGACCUUAAGCCAAGGAACAUUUUCCUGCAUGGCCAUGAGUGCCUUGUAAAAAUAGGUGACUUCAGCUUGUCUUGUACGGAUAUUGUGAUGAAUGAAAACGAAGAGUUGUCUUCUCACACUACAGGAGUGGGCACUAUUGUUUAUGCUUCUCCAGAACAGCUACAGGGCUCUCAUUAUGACUCAAAGUCAGAUAUGUAUAGUGUCGGAGUGAUUGCUGUCGAGUUGUUCCAGUCAUUUGGGACUGAGAUGGAACGUGUGCAAACACUCAGAGACCUGAGAAAGGGAAUGGUUCCAGAUGACCUGUAUAAGAACUGGCUAGUCCUGAUCAAAAAAAUAAAGCUGCUGACCAUCCUGGACCCCUCAAAGCGACCAAAUGCAUCCCAGCUCCUGUACUGUGAUCUCUUUAACAACAAAGACCAAGUAACCUACAAGUUACAACAGAGGGUUUCUGAGCAAGCAGAGAAAAUCAGUCAGCUCAGAAGACAGAUCAGUGAACUACAAACCACAAAGGAUGGACCAGAGAAAGCAUCACUAUAAUAACUACUGACGAUACUUUACAAUGUGACACUUUGACAUAUUAUGUGUAUAGUUUUAUUUAUUUUUGUGACAAGUUCCUAUGCAUGAAGUCAACUUUGCCAGGGUUUAUAAAGACAAAUACAUUACUGUUCAUCUGAAUAGUUAUCAGAGGGACUCAGACCACAUAGAUUUCUGGGCAAAGUUUCACGUUUUUCUUUUGUCAUUAAAAUAUUAAAGCAUUUAUAUUUCUGCAA